AGAGCGAGAGAGAAAAGAAACGGAUGGAGAAAAAAAGAAAACAGUAAUAGAUGCAAAUAGAAAUGCGAAUGGAAACGCGAAUGACAAGCUAACCUGCUAACGAAUGCUAACAAGCUGCACUCGCGGCUUUAGCUUAAAAGCGAAUUAUCAAAUUUGUCAGAUUAGUUUGAUAGAUAAUAUCAGAACAAUUGUGGAAAUUAAGUUAUAGUUUAUCACUUUAAACAACAGAGAGUGAUAGUAAGAUAGAUAUAUAACAGAAAAGCGAAGCUAUACAAAGCUAUAAUUGCAAACCACUCAGCAGCACAAAAUACAGUGAAUUAAUUAAGGCAGAUGCUACUUGCAUGCAUGAUUAGUCAUUAGUAACCCACACUUACCCACUCAUGCUUCAUGCUGCUGCAGAAUAAUUUGCGUCAUUUUAAGUGAAUGUGGUUUGAUUUCAGUCUCAAACUGAGCACACAGAGCGUCAGAAUAAACAGCAGUUUGAGAAGCUUCAUCAGUUUCUCAGAGAUGAAGAAGAAGCUACAAUCACUGCACUGAGGGAGGAAGAGGAGCAGAAGAAGAACAUGAUGGAGAAGCUGGAGGAGAUCAACAGACUCAUCUCAGCUCUUUCACACACAAUCAAAGACACAGAGGAGAUGAUGAAAGACAAUGACAUCUGCUUUCUGAAGAAGUUUCCAGUCUCAAUGGAAAGAGUCCAGAUCUUGCAGCCCGAUCUACAGAUUCCUUCUGAAGCUUUGAUUCAUGUGCCACGUUACUUGGGCAACCUGCCCUUCAGAGUCUGGAAGAAGAUGCGGGACAUAGUCCAAAACACUCCUGUGAUUCUGGAUCCAAACACGGCUCAUCCACGUCUCCUCGUGUCUGAUGAUCUGACCAGUCUGAGAUGGAGCGAGAACAAACAACCGCUUCCUGAUAAUCCAGAGAGAUUUGAUGAUUAUUACUGUGUUUUGGGUUCAGAGGGUUUUAACUCAGGAACACACUGCUGGGAUGUGGAGGUUAAAGAGAGUUUAUGCUGGAGUCUUGGAGUGACUACAGCAUCUAACAAAAGGAAGGGGUGUGAUUUUUAUAACACUGAUGUCUGGAAUGUGCAGUAUGAUCAGUAUGGAUUGUGUGAACGGUCUGGUUUCCAUGUUAAACAGUAUCUUGAGCGUGUAAGAGUUGAUCUGGACUAUGACAGAGGAACUGUGUCAUUCUCUGAUCCUGUAACUAACACACAUCUACACACAUUCACAACCACUUUCACUGACACUGUCUUUCCAUCCUUUGAUAGUUUUUCCCCUCUCAGGAUCUUACCGUUUAGUAGUCAGUAAACAGGUCUGUAGGUCUGGAUCUUCCUGCUUUCAUCUUUUAUAUUCAUAAAUUAUUUGUCUUUUUCUUUUUUCUGUAGCAAUUCAGGGUUAUUACCAUUUACCCCAUCAAGGCUGUGUGGUUUUACCAACUCCCUGUUGUCUUAAAUCCCUAUGUAUUUUGUCUUUGUUGGAACAAAUUUGCAGUGUCACUGGGAUUCACUAAAUGACUCACUGGAAUCUCAUACAAACAUUGACUCCAUUUCAGAACAAAUUAUGAUCUCUUGAACUUUUUUGAACAGAUGUGUGAUAAUGUGAUAUCAGUUCCAUUCUCUGAAUAAAAUU